AUGGAGGAAGAUGACGAAAACAUAAUAAAUGCAUCAGAUAAGGGUCUAUGGAAUGCAAUGUCGCUUUCGUUCAUCAAGGAAAAGCUUACUGACAAUAUUACUCAUCUCGAUUUAUCAUCAAAUCAUAUAAGUGUCGAAUCUGCUCAAAUUAUUGCAGGAUUUUUAUCGAAAAAAGACUCACAUUUGCAAGGAUUAGCAUUAGUAAACUCCCAUCUUUCAACUCGUGCCUCAAAAAUCAUAUUUGAAGCAGUUGGUUCAUCAAAAUUAUACGAAUUUUACGCAGAUAAUAACAUUCUCGUCCAAGAAGCGUGCGAAGUAUUCGGAAAGGCACUCAAGAACGGGCCGCCACUUGAAGUUUUAAGUCUUUGUGGCUGCCAAAUUCCAAGUGAAGGAGGCAUUGCAAUUGCCGAGUCAUUACCAUCGUUAAAGAACUUAAUGCACCUUAGACUAGAAUCUAAUAGCUUUUUCGACUUCGGAGCUCAAGCAAUUGCUAAAGUUUUGAAAGAUACAAAGAUACAAAGCUUAAACAUAGCAGAUAAUGAAAUAUGGCUUGAAGGCACUAACGAGCUACUCGAAGCGGUCGCAAAUUCAAAGUUUAUGAAAUCACUUGAUAUAUCUUACAAUAUUCUUGAUUUAGAUAAUCUUGCGAAGUGCGUACUUGCAAAUACAAACAUUACAGAGCUUGCAAUUAGCGGCGCUAAGAUUCCAAUUCUUCAAUUAUCUUCAUUUUUAGAAAAAAUGGUAAAUUCGAAUUUACAAAUACUAAUAAUGGAUGGCUUUGAUCCAAAUCAACUUCCUGUUGCAUGGGCAAGAAUUCAGGACACAAUUUUCAAGCAGCCAGAAUAUUUUGAUUUAUUACAAAAUUUAAUCCUUAAUUCCAAGACACUGGUUGACGUAAGAGUUGGAUAUUUAGAACUUGACCAAAUAGCAACGAUGCAAGAGACAUUUGCCCAUUUGAAACGUGAAAUUUCGGUUUCAGUCCAUGAUUUCGGUCGAACAGGCAAUUGUUGGGUAUUUAACUAUCCAGAGUUCACUGUAUUAUCACCUACAAAGCUGUUCAAGUGGGGAGAACCCAUUUUAAACCCAAAUUCUGCGUUUCAAAUUGGAAAUAUUUUCUCAUCAGCAAAAGUUGAUGGGGAAAUGCUGAAUAGCAUUGAUGUUUCUGGUUGCCAGAUGACUGAUGAAUGCAUGAACCAGAUGCUUUCCGUUUUAAGAAGGCUUGAUCUCGAUAUCUUGGAUAUAAGUAAUAAUAAUUUCGGAGAUGAAGUGAUCGAACAACUUAUUUCGAUGGCAGGCAGUUGUAAGGUCAGAGAUUUCCACUGCGAGAAGAAUAAAAUCACUGAUAUCGGGCUAGAACUGUUUUUGGCAUUUUUUGCCAAAGAAUUACCAGAAAAUUGUCCUAAAGAGCUUUCAUUUACAGUCAUCAGUGAGGACAAGAGUCCAUACAGUGUCCAUCCAGUCUUCCAGACACUCGCUGAGAUUGUCAAACAAGGCUGCGACAUCGAAUCUCUUUGUAUCGAUGGUCAGAUCACUUCUUUUGAUGUCAAAACCGUUGUUGAUGAAUUUCCAGUUAAUCCAGUCAUCCACGAGCUGAGCGUUGAGACUGAGAUGAUGAAGGACUACUCCAGCCCUGAUCCUCCAAUCGAUGAAACUAUAACAAGAGGUUUUAUCGAUUUGUACACUUCACUUCACAAAUUAAUUUGUGAAACAGAAGGAAGUGUCCUCAGAGAUUUCAAAUUCCCUCUUCUGACUGAGAUUUUCUUGUACUGCGAUGCAACAGGAGUGAAACUGUGGAGAGAAAUCAAUGCAAAGCUGGAAGAGAAUUUCAACAAAUAUAAGGAAAGUUUGAAUAAUAAUAAAUAA